AUACCUAACCUAUCGAUUGACCCGUCACCAGUUUGCCAUCUCUAUGUGGCAAGCCAAAGCUUCGCCUGGCUCCAAAGAAAACUUCACCCCCAAAAAUCUGUGCUCGCCGCAAACGAUGUUCAGUUACUAACCGACUUUCGCGCAAUAUCCACACGUCACGGCUACGGCCACAAGUCAUCCGGUUCAUUACUCCGAUUCCCAAAGCGGCGCGUAUACAUACACAAACAAACAAAAGCAACAAACCGCGGCGAAUUACCAGGUGUGUGGAAUUCUGUUUUAAAGCAAAACAAAUAGGAAAAAAAGAAAUACGAAAGGCUCGCCAGUAUUCAACGGCGUUUUUUUUGGGUUCAAUUUGAGACAAAAUUUAAAAUCAAUAAAACAACAAGACAAACCCCCCGCCCCGCCGACGUGUGAGUGAGUGAGAUACAUAGCUACGACCGAAUCGCAACGCGCAGCAUCCAUAAGCAUCCGAAAAUUGCAGCGGAAAAGCCGGAGUAGUGCAUUCGCCGUGCCACUGGAAACUGGAACGCGAAUCCGUGAGAUAUUCAGAUUUCCAAGCCCAAUCCCUCCGAGGCUGUUGUGUUUAACCGUUCCAAGCGUUGCGGGCCUUUUAACCACAUACAUACAUACAUAACCAAGCUUAGUGUCGCACACGGGGACCAAAAGAACAAGAAUCGAGGCGCAGCAUAAUGGUGGAGUUCCGCUUCGAUAUCAAGCCGCUCUUCGCGCAGCCAAUCAUCAAGGUGACAUCCAAUCUCCUGCCGAACACCUUUCGCGGCGAUCGGCGUCAGUGUUUAGAUGCCACCACCAAGAUGACGGAGAUCAUUGACAAGCUGGGACAGCUGUCGGCCACCUCGCAGGGACUCAGCAAGCCGGUGACCACCGCCCAGCGCCUGAGGAUGUGCGACAAUCAGACCAUAUAUCUGCUGGCAGAUAAUGAGGCGGGUCACAAUGGCGCCGUCUUAGGUCUGUUGAAGGUGGGCACCAAGAAUCUCUAUUUAUUCGACGGAACCGGAAAGACGCGCAUGGUGGAGCAGGCUCCAUCCAUUCUGGACUUCUAUGUGCACGAGUCCCGUCAGCGUUCCGGACUGGGCAAGCGUCUCUUCCAAACGAUGCUCAACGAAGAGCAGUGGACCGCAAGCAAGUGCUCGGUGGAUCGGCCGUCGGAGAAGCUACUGUCCUUUCUCAGCAAGCAUUACGGAUUAAAGCGCAUCAUUCCGCAGGCGAACAAUUUCGUGCUCUACGAGGGAUUCUUUAACGAUGGGGAAUCGGGGAAUGGAGAUGGUAACGGCCAUGAUCACGGCACCCCGAAUGGCCUGCACAUCACAAACAGUCCUAACACACACCUCUUUGGCGCUACUUACCUGGGCGAGGAUUCUAACCAGCGACGCGGUUCGCAGCAGCAGACAACACCGAAUGCACGACUGCAGCAGAUAACGCAGAUCUCUCCGUCCGGACGAUAUGGGGCUAAGCGUCCCACCUGCAGCAUGGCCGAGAUAAUUCAUGCCGGCAACUCGAAGGGCGGCAAAGGCAAUGGCAAUGCAGAAGCAAACAGUGGCAAUGGCAAUCACGAUAUUGCAGAGAUUGCCGAGCAACUGCAGCGCCAGAGCCUGGCCGACUUGGAAGCCAACAGCUAUGAGCCGGAGCCAGAAGUUGAACCGGAGCCAGAACCUGAGCCGGAACCCGAACCCGAACCGGAGGUGAUAACGCCACCAUCACCGCCGCCAAAGAGCCACACUCCAACUCCCCCAUCCGUGCGAUCGCCCGAGGUGGCCGAGAGCAUUGUGGGCGACAACCGGAGAGCUCCGGCUUUCCAGCUGAGCAAGCAGCACACGGGCAUGAAGAAUCGCUCGUUUGGCGUCGGAAUGGCCGUGAUGCCCAGCAGCAAGAUGGAGUUCGAUCAGAUGGAGCGCGAAGAUUUCGGCGUAGUGAAGAUCAACCGUCCGCCGGGUCAUGAAGUCAUCUCGCCGGGCCAGGACAAUACGGAUGCCAUGUCCACCGUGUCCUCCGGCGGCGGCGGCCUCACCGAUCAGGGCUACUACGAUCUAAAGUUCUAUCACAAUAAGUUGUGGUGAAGGAGAUCACAAACCAGAAGGCACGCAAUAUUUGCUAACAUCUUUUGUACGUGUGGCAUAAGCAUAAUUAAACAAAAAUCUAAUCUAGUCUGUAAGAUUGUAUUGUCUAAUCAAAAUAACACACCAAACGGUUCCUGUACUUCAGUUCGAUGAUUUCGUUGUGAGCUUCUUCUCCGACUUUUGUUGAUUUGUUCAUUUGUUACAAGCCACGCACUCCGAAGAGCAUCCGUAAACUAAACUAGAGCCUCACAAUUAAACGUUAACAAUAGCAAAUUGAAAUGUACGUAGAGUAAUUGCCGCCGGUACUGAGCUAGAUAAUUUUACAACACAUACUCGUCUUUGGUUGAAAAGAUCCUUUAUUAAUAAUUUCGCUUUGUACUGUGGAUUCGCAAGACCUCUUAAUGUUAUCCAGCCCGUGUGUAUCUUCCAAUUACAGAAAACGCGAAUAUUUCGAACAAAUCUAUGCCGAGUACAUGCUAUAGGGAUAGCGCCAGUUGGCCAGAAUGCAUCUUCAUAACUAUACUCAACAUUUCUUAAACAUUGUCUAACAUUUAGUUGAUAGAACAAAACCCCCAACAUGCAAAUAGAUAUUAAAGAUGAAGAUAUACAAAUAAAGCACAAAUUUUGUCGACUCUA